CGCAGUCAGUGGCCUUUUCAGUCUUUGAUCCGCAACUGUCGCGGGUGUGCGCGCGACGUUACUCGAAAGGCCGACGUUAUCUCUAAACGACAGAAAAGUGUUAGAGUGAAAGAAAAAAAGAGAUAAAAAGAAAGAUAGAUAGAACGAAAUAGAGAAGUUCUGCAACUUCCAAAGAGAAUUUCUAUUAUUUAUUAUCAUCAUUUUAUGGUGCGGAGCCCUAUUUUUUUUUUUCACUUUAUCCUUUCUAAAGGGUUGAAAUAUAUAACUGAAGGUAGAGAAAGAGAGGGAGAGAGAAAGAGAGGGAGAGAGAGAAAGAGAGAAAGAGGAAUGUAAAGAUUCGUGCUUUGAGUGACUUGGAAUGGUCUCUCCUUGUUUUUGAAAUUCUUCGUGAUAAGGAAGAUAAAAUCGACGUGGUUUCGUCAAUUUUAAUCGUCGAUUUUUCUUUCUUCGAUUUUAAGGGAAAAGAGAUAAUUGAUUGUCCCCAUUAAUUAAAAGUUAUAUUUCGAUUAAUACGUGAAAUUGUUCUUAGGAUUUAUCUAAGUUCCGUCGAGUGAUUGAUAGCAGUCUCUGUGAGAGUGAAUCGGAAUCAAGUGUGUCAAAGUAUUUUCUAUCAUCGACGUUCGUGUUAUUGCGGAAAGUUGGAUGAUUCGAAAUAAAGGAUAUUAUCGCGCUAGUAGAAUUGUUGAUAAUAUUAAUAAUAAUGAUAAUAAUAAAAAUAAUAAUACGAAAAGAGUAGAGAAAAGAAAAAUAACGAAGAAUCAAGAUUCUCCGGUUUAAACUUGCAAAGGAAUUCCGAGGAAUAAAGGCGUCCCUACGGAAGAAGGGACAGUGCUCGCGGCGGGGAGUUGAACUUUCUCGCUCCGUGUUGACAGAUCGAUAGGAAAGUUUGCUUACGCGAAUUUCCGCGUCGUGUCCAGAGUGUGUCUCGGUCUCACUGUCGGUCUCUCGUGUACGCGUUUUACUAUCUUGUUUUCCUCGUUUAUAACAACGUCGUGUUUAAGAGCGAAUACACGAGUAUAUUUAAAAAGAGAAUCUUGAAAGUAUCUGAGGGACGAUUGAAAGAUUAUCGUAAAAAAAAGAAGACUAAGAAGAAAAAGAAAAAAAAGGAGGAGAAGGAGGAGGGAAGUAGGAGCAAUAAAAAAAAAUCAAAGAGAUAACGAAAGCAGCAACGACGGUGAUAGAUGCUAAUCGUUGCAGCCAAUCAGAAAAUCUGACGGCUCGUCGUCGGGCCGGUCAUAAUCGAGGCAGUCUGUCGUUCUCCUUGCCAUCGCGCGAAUAUCUAGUAGAAUAUAGAAAUCGAAAGGAGGAUAAGAAACAUAAAGAUCAGGAGAAAUAUUAUCAACAACAUCAGCAACGUAAUCAAGGACUCAGCGAAGAUCAUCGGGGCUCUUCUUGCCCCAGACUCUUGGAAGAGAGUCGAGGGAAGUGUGCAACGGUGAAGGGUAACGGUGGAUUUGGUGAUUACUCCGCAGCCGGAGAGUUUGAAGUCUGGGGUGAAGAACGCGUUGCGUCGGAUGGUGGUAGUGUUGUUGUAGGGGGAGGGGGUGGUGGAGGGGUGUCGUCGACGACGACGACGGCGAAACCGCCUUCGCGGCAGCAACGAUGCGAAGGCGGUUCUGCCCUGAGACCGUUGCUCCACGUCGCUCAUUGUGAACUUCAUUCGCCACGCGAGGCCGAGCUCCUCAGGUUGGAUCACCUCGAGGCGCUCGAUCACAAGUCCUCGCUCGAACACGACGCCUACUCGAUGAUGGAUAAUUUUCACAGCCCGGUACCACCGCCGUUACCACGACGUCACGUCCGACUUCCACCACCGCAACAGCAGGUGACCGUAGGUUCCUUAGGAGGUGGCCUCGGAAGUGGAGCCGGUAAUGGUGGUACCGGGACCGUUGCAGCUCAAAAUCAGGCGAUGGUGAUGCCAGGCUUUCCGCUUCGAGCCGCGGCAGUACCGCAUUACUCUCCUUAUUCGCCGUCGCGUUUUCACAUCGACAAACGCUGUCAACACAGAUGCUCUUGGAAAUGUUUCUCUAUCGCUUUGAUAUUACUUGCCGUUGCUCUCACCGGCAUGCUCGCGUAUUUUGCUGCAGUGAGUUCCAUGCGGCCGAUAGACAAUAACAACUGCGUAGUGAUUCAAGAUAUCAAGGCUGUCACUCAUGAAAACGCUCACGUUCACGACCCUAUAUCAACUCAGAUACCAACGGAAGAAUCACUGCCGACCAGUACUGCCGAACACUCUAGUGCUGCAGAUAGUGUUGGGGACCAGCAAAGCGAUCCACAAAUUCAACAAUCGGCCCAACAAUGGCCAGCUGUGCUCGAGCUUCAAGCUUACAACGUAGCGCACUCAGCCUUUAUACUACCGUACCACUUUUGGAAUACCGAGUUCCGCAACAAGCAACCGGCUUUCAUCAGGUUAAACCUAACGUUGCCUUGGGGUGCGAACUUUGCCGUUUACGGAAGACGAAACGUAGCACCAAGCGUCACGCAAUACGACUUCGUUGAGUUUGUAAAAGGUGGCCGUGUGGAUCACAGACUUAAAAGAGAUGCAUCGUCCGAAGCUGUGAGCUUUAUGAAACAGGCAACCCAAGAUUUUGGCAUUGAACCUAAUCGAUCUUCGCGAGAUACUGGAACUAAAUCUAUCAAGUCUUAUCAACAUAUUAUCAUAAAAAGAACGAUCGUAGAGCCAAUGAUGGUCAACGUUAGUCUUCUUCAAUACUUGGACACUGGCCGUUGGUUCUUGUCAGUUUAUAAUGAUGAACUUCAACCCUACAAGGUUACGCUGGUCGUCACCGAAGCUGAAGGAGUCUCCACAACUUGUCCUAACGACUGCUCUGGUAGAGGAUCAUGUUAUCUUGGGAAAUGUGAUUGCAUCGAUGGUUAUCAGGGUGCCGACUGUAGUAAAAGCGUGUGUCCUGUUUUGUGUUCAUCUCACGGCCAGUAUGGUGGUGGUAUGUGUCAUUGUGAGGAUGGCUGGAAAGGUGCCGAAUGCGACAUACCGUUAGGAGAUUGCCAAGUUCCUGAUUGCAAUCAGCAUGGGCAGUGCGUUAGAGGAUCGUGCGUUUGUAAUCCUGGCUGGAAGGGUGCCUUCUGUAAUGAACCCGAUUGUCCGGAUCCAAACUGCAGCGGUCAUGGCGCCUGCGUGUCCGGCAAGUGUUACUGCAAGGCAGGCUGGCAGGGUGAACGAUGCAAUCAGGUCGAUCAGCAGGUGUAUCAGUGUCUACCAGGUUGUUCGGACCAUGGCACGUACGACCUCGAAUCUGCCGCGUGCAUCUGCGAAGAACAUUGGACUGGGGUCGAUUGUUCACAACCCAGUUGUGGCCUGGACUGUGGUCCUCAUGGAUCGUGCGAACAGGGUCGUUGCAAAUGUCAUGACGAUUGGACUGGAACGAAAUGCGAUCAGAAACCAUGUGAUCCACGUUGUGCUGAACAUGGCCAAUGUAAGAACGGAACUUGCGUAUGUAGUCAAGGAUGGAACGGAAGACAUUGUACUUUGCCUGGAUGCGAGAAUGGUUGCACUAGACACGGACUGUGCACGUUGCAGGACGGCGAGUACAGUUGCGAAUGUUCAAUCGGUUGGGCUGGCAGAGACUGUAGCAUAAGUCUCGAGAUGGAAUGUAAUGAUUUUGUCGACAAUGAUCAGGAUGGCAUGGUGGACUGUUCCGAUAGUGAAUGUUGCUCGCACGCUACUUGUGCCGAGCACAUUAUGUGCCUGGCCAGUAAAAAUCCGGUCGAUGUCCUUCUUAGGAAACAACCGCCUAGUGUCACUGCAUCGUUUUAUCAACGAGUCAAAUUCCUCGUCGAGGAAAAUAGCGUACAGAGCUACGCUCAUAUGGACGAGUACACGGAAAGUACGUUCUGGAGUUCCUUUACACCGCGUCGUGUUGCGGUGAUGAGAGGCCAAGUUGUAACCGAACAAGGACUUGGAAUAGUAGGCAUCAGAGUCUCCGUUGACAGAGAUUCACGAUUUGGAUUCACCUUGACCAGAGCUGAUGGAUGGUUCGACGUUUUGGUUAAUGGUGGAGGAGCCGUGACAUUGCAAUUUCAACGUAGCCCAUUCAAACCUCUUACGAGGACUGUGUUCGUGCCCUGGAAUCAGAUCGUUGUUUUACCACCCGUCGUGAUGACUCUUAGCAAGGAAGGAGAGCCAUACAAAUCUAAUCAACCACCUAGUCCAGCAGUCGGCUUCCCAGGGAUUUCCAUGGGGCUCUUUAGCGAGCAUGGACCAUGUUUGGAACACGAUCAUGAGACUCUACGUCCAAUCAUCGUUAGCACAUGGAUGCCAGAAAAAGUGGGUGGUUUGCCAGGGAAAAGUCUGGUAUUCGCUGAGAGUCAAAUCGUACAAGAAAGUAUUGCCAUACCUGGAUCUAAUCUUCAUUUGAUGUAUCAAAGUAGUCAAGCUGCUGGGUACCUUUCUACUGUUAGAAUGCAAUUGACUGGACCAUUUAUUCCAAAAUCUUUAACGCACGUACACGUGCACGUUGAAAUCGAGGGUUCACUUCAUACAAAAACCUAUGAAGCUGACCCCAAUUUGACGCACACUUUCGCAUGGAACAAGAGAAAUGUCUACAAGCAAAAAGUAUACGGAGUUGCACAAGCAAGAAUUUCAAUCGGUUAUCAACAUUCAACUUGUCCUUCCGUCAUAUGGGAAACGCAAACUGCGAUUUUGCAAGGAUUUGACGUAGACAUUUCUGAUAUCGGUGGUUGGGGACUUGACAUUCAUCAUCAUUACAACUUUCACGAAGGAAUCCUUCAAAAAGGAGAUGGAUCUACGUUACACUUCAAACAAUAUCCACGUACCGUAAAAGUAGUAAUGGGUACUGGUCUUCAAAGAAGCUUGGUCUGCCAAAACUGUGAUGGUUUGGCGAAAGAUGCUAGACUCUUGACACCAGUAGCUCUUACCAGUGGUCCAGACGGUAGUAUCUACGUAGGAGACUUUAAUCUUGUGCGUAGAAUUACACCCGAAGGAAACGUUUAUACUGUUUUAAUUUUAAGUGCAACUCAAGUAGCCUAUCAGUACUAUUUAUGUGUCUCCCCUGCCGACGGGCAUUUAUACAUCAGUGAUCCUGAAAAACAUCAGAUAUUAAAAGCACUUUCAUUAGAACAAGUUCAAGAUCCUAGCAUCAACAUAGAACCGGUUGUCGGUAGCGGUGAAAGAUGUAUUCCGGGUGACGAGGGUCAUUGUGGAGACGAGGGUUCAGCGAUACGAGCAAAAUUGGCUCACCCAAAAGGUAUCGCGAUUGCUGCCGAUAAAACUAUGUAUAUAGCCGAUGGCACAAACAUACGUGCUGUCGAUCCACAUGGUAUUAUACACACAUUGGUUGGGCAUCAUGGUCACCACAACCAUUGGUCACCGGCACCAUGUAUUGGUGCUAUACCUGCACAUCAAGCUCAACUGCAAUGGCCAACAGGAUUGACUCUAAGUCCUCUCGAUGGAUCUCUACAUUUUAUCGACGAUAGGCUUGUGCUGAAAUUAACCAGUGAUUUAAAAGUUCGCGUAGUAGCUGGUACACCUCUUCACUGUACUAGUAAUGCAAACAACAAUGGCAAUGCUAACACCAGCGAACUCACCAAAUUGAAUUCGACUAUACCAACGAAUCUAAAGAAAUCCGAUGACGUUCUUGGUUCGGUUUUAGCUGUUGGUUUUAGUCCAACUGGUGAACUUUACAUAGCUGACAGUGAUUCUCACCGGGUUAAUUCUAUUAGAAUAGUCGAUUCUUCUGGAAAAAUGUCUCACUUUGCUGGACAACAACAGGAACGAUUACGUGGUCAAUGCGAAUGUAAUAAUACGACUCCUAGUACAAAAGAUUUAGAUGCAUGUACUUGUACAGAUGAUACCAGUAGUACGGAAACACUUUUGUCAUCGAAUGCCAAAUUCACUGCCAUAUCAGCCUUAGCAGUAUCUCCUGAUGGCGUUGUUCAUGUCGCGGAUCAAGGAAGUUUACAUAUUUUGGCUUUGCAACCAUAUCUUCCAAAUCACGAUGAAAGUGGCGAAUUCCUCAUUCCCUUUCCUCCAUCUAACGAAGUUUACGUGUUCAAUCGUUAUGGUCAACAUAUAUCUACAAAGGACCUAACAUCUGGAAAAACUCGGUAUUCGUUCCUAUACAGUAAAAAUACUAGUUUUGGCAAACUCUCCACUGUAACUGAUAGUGCAGGAAACAAAAUACAAUUUUUACGAGAUUACAGUAGCGUGGUUAGUACAAUUGAAAAUACUCAAGAUCAUAAAUCCGAAUUGAAAAUUUCUGCCGUUGGUUUUCUUGAGAAAUUAUCUGAAAGAGGUAGAGCGGAGAUUGCUCUUGGAUAUGAUGGUUCCACUGGUCUACUGACAAGUCGUUCAGGGGGAGAUGAAACCUAUAUUUACAAUUAUGACGGUUUGGGAAGAGUCACUGAUGUAAUUUUACCGACAGGAGAAAAAUUAAAAUUAUUUUCGGAUCUUUCUAAUGACGAAGGUCUUUCCGUACAAGUAUCUGCUCCUCUUCAAGCAUUGUCAAAAGGAGAUAAACAAAGAUUUGUAGAAUUUGAAAUGAAAAAUGAGAGAUCUAAAAUGCUUACUAUAACCGAUGGUACGAAAAUUAUGAAAGCAACUGCAUUCACGAAUAGCAGUUUGGCAGUUUGUCUUCCUAGUGGUGGAAGAAUAUUAAGUGCAGCGACGACUAAACAUCCUCUACUUGAAGCCGCUUUACCGGUGGAAGCAGAAAUGUUACCAAUGUGGAGCUAUCAAGUGAUGUCUCUCGGUGAAUUAACAAAUACAAUGACCACCACUUAUAAUCUUGUCGGGGACGUAAGCCACUUUCAACAGACACUUAACAGAGAGAUCUGGGUAAACGAUACAAGAGUAAUUGCUGUCGAAUUCGAACAAGCAUUCAGACGAGAAACUUUCUACGACAAAACGAGAACACCUCUAUUAACUGUGACCUUCGAUCCUGCUGGAUUGCCAUUACUUUGGCAACCUCACGAACAAGGACAUAACCUUAGCAUCACUUACGAUAGAUUUAAUCGUAUAGAAAGUUGGAAGUGGGGUGCAUCGGACGAAUCUUAUGGUUACGAUCGACACGGCCAACUAGCAGAUGUCACCAAUAGUCAAGAUGGCACAAAACGAUACACCUAUAACGACUUCAACAUGCUUUCCAAGAUAACUCUCCCUAGCGACAGGCAUUUCUCUUUGGAAUACGACGAUGACGGUGGCCUACGACAUAUUAUUCUUCCAUCAGGAACGAAACAUUCCUUCUCUUGCCAAGCCUCUCUCGGUUUUCUUCGAGUAACAUAUACACCACCAGGAAGUACUAGAGCUUAUCUUCAACACUAUAGUCAUGAUGGUAAUCUUUUACAAACUGUAUUUCCUGGCGAUGGUGCACGUAUCGUCUAUAGAUAUCAUACAUCUGGACAAUUGGCUGAAGUCGUUCAUGGUGAUGGAAAAAGUGAAAUAAGGUACACCGAAAGUGGUUUACCUUCUGAAGUCAUACAUUCCGAAAGAGACGUGGAAUAUAGAUGGGAUUAUCAAUAUAGCGCUGGUCUUCUUGUCGAAGAACGUAUAGAUUUCGGAGCCAAAACCGGUCUCAGCAAUGCCAAAUUUACUUUCGAUUAUGAUUCAAACUUUAGAUUGAUCGCUGUGCAAGGUAGAAUAGGCGGUCAAACUUUACCACCUCAUACCAUGGCUUAUAAUCCAAGAACUGGCUUAUUGGAACAGAUAGGGCAAUUUAAAAUAACGAAACCGCAAAUAAACGAGACUACAGUUUUCGAUGGCACUGCACUUUUUUCACGGAUUACCGACGACAGAUUCCAUGAAACUCAAGUGACAGUAACUAUUCACAGUUUGGAAGUGUUCAGAAUGGAAUUCACGCAUGAUUCUCGUGGACGUAUAAAUCAAACCAGAACGUAUACUCGUAAUGUUGCUGUUAAUACGUACACCAAUGUGAAAAAUUACACAUGGGAUUGCGAUGGACAAUUAACGGGUGUCGAAGCACAAGAACCAUGGGGUUUCAAAUAUGAUGGAAAUGGUAAUAUGUUAUCACUUAGAUAUCGUGGAAACACUAUACCCAUGGAAUACAACACCAUGGAUAGAAUCAUUAAAUUCGGCGAAGGUCUUUACAAGUACGACAAUAGAGGUCUUGUUGUUCAAAAUGCUAGAGAAGAGAGAUUUAAUUACAACGCUAAAGGUCUAUUGGUACGUGCCACUAAACGUGGUCGAUUCGAUGUCCGUUAUUAUUACGAUCAUCUCGAUCGUUUAGCAACGAGAAAGGAUAAUUAUGGAAACGUGACUCAAUUCUUUUAUAAUAAUCAAAAACGUCCUCACGAAGUCAGUCAAAUAUACAGUCCACGUGAUGGAAAGCUGAUGUCUUUGGUUUAUGAUGAUAGAGGCCAUCUUAUUUAUGCACAAGUUUAUCGACAUAAAUAUUAUAUCGCCACUGAUCAGUGUGGCACGCCUAUAAUGAUCUUCAAUCAAUAUGGCGAAGGUAUAAGAGAAAUCAUGAGAUCCCCAUAUGGACACAUUGUGUAUGAUUCCAAUCCCUAUUUGUACUUACCUGUUGAUUUUUGUGGCGGAUUGUUGGAUCAGGUAACGUCAUUGGUUCACAUGCCAAAUGGAAAGGUUUAUGAUCCUCUUAUAGGCCAAUGGAUGUCUUCCCUUUGGGAAAAUGUCUUAGAUAGGAUAGAUAUACCAACCCAUCUACAUCUUUAUAGAUUUAACGGGAACGAUCCAAUCGAUAUCAGACAUACAGAUAGAUCAAAUCAACCCACAGAUCACAUAUCAUGGUUCACACAUCUGGGAUACGAUCUAAAAAGUUUAGCACCUCAAUUAUUCCCUGACGAGCUUCCUGAUAGUUUGGUACCACCGGCUCUCGGUCCAGGUACUUCCAUAUUUGGCAAGAAGAAAAGAACGAGAAAUCUUGGUGUUCAAUCAGGCUUUUUAGCCCACAUUGCUCAAAGACAUUCUGGUGAUGCGAUGAGCCUUUCAGCACCACCACGAUCAGCUCUUAAAAAAGACACUAGUGAACUAAUCCCAAAUCGUUUAGGUGCUGCUUCAGAUCCACCAUUUGGUAAAGGAAUCCUUGUUUCGAGAACAGCCGAUGGACAGGCCGUAGUGUCGAGUGUGCCAACGGCAAACGCUAUUUAUGGAGACGUCUUCACCUCGGUGUUCAAUCGUUCGUAUUUCUUACCGUUCACGUUCGUCGUUCAUAGUGCUCAACAAGAUGCUUUUUACUUCGUCAAGGAAGAAACCUGGAGAGCCAGCGAGGAUCGUGGUCAAUUGAAACGUCUCGGUGGACAAGUAAAUACUAGUUUCCACGAGAAUGAAAAUGGCAGUGGAAGUAACUCGCUGAUCGACGUGAAGAUACAUGGUACUAGCUACGUCGUCAAUUUACGAUAUGGCACGACAGCCGAGAAAGAAAAGCAACGACUCCUUCAUCAUGCAAAAGCAACUGCCAUACGUAAGGCUUGGCACAGAGAACGAGAAGCACUUAAAGCUAAUACUCCAACAACGAAUGAAUGGAUGGUAGCCGAACAGGACGAGAUAUUGAAGGUUGGUGUAGCCUCAAAUUACGAAGGUGAAUAUAUACAUGAUGCUCAAAUCUAUCCAGAGUUAGCGGAGGAUCCUUACAACAUAAGAUUCGUCAAAAAAGCUGUCGAUACUUCAAGUAAGAAACGACGCAGAAGGAGAGGAGCACCAUCUUGCAAGCUUUGGUGGUUGGAUAAAUUUUGCUAGAUCGUCUGGGUCGACAAAAACAAUAUAUGGCUCUCCUUCCACUGCCCUUCUUUUUAAUGGGUUAAUCACUGUCCAAAAAAUUGAUUGCUAUGGUCUCUCUCUUUUGGUAGGCGUUACGCAAACGAAUAAAAAGAAAGGCAAAAUGAGAAAAGAAAAAGAGAGAGAAAGACGGAGAGAUAAAGAAUGAAGAAAGAAAUUAUAAAGAGAGUUACUAGAAAGAUGAGAAUUACUGUGACAUAUUAUUCACAGUAUUCUUUGAUACACAUACGUAUAAAGAAAGAAAGAAAGAAAGAAAGAGAGAGAGAGAGAGAGAGAGAGAGAAGUAACAAAAAAAGAAAAACGUACUGAACACUAUCAAAAAGUUUUAUACCAAAGUCUAUUUGUGUAUUUCAAAGAUGCCAAAAACACUAACGUUAUAUGAUCUACCGCGAUAGGGUGUAGUGUGUAAGGAUUAAAAAAAAAGUAUGCGUGGCGUGGAUUACGGAUUAAUCUUGCCCACGGAUAAGAGUACGCGACCGAACCGUGAUUUGGCAGACGCGCGAAAGCCUUAUAAGUAAAUCGGUGCAAGAGCUUUCCAUGAAUAAGAAGAAGAAGAUGAAGAAGAAAAGAAGAAUCUCUCUUUCUCGAAAAGAGAUUUGUGACUUUUGAAAGUCUAGUGUUCGAAUUUGAUGGACAUAAAUAUUAUGAAUGAAAUGAAAGAGAAAGAGAGAGAGAGAGAGAGAGAGAGAGAUACGAUGUUAAAAGAAUGAUUUUAAUUCGGAUAUAUAGGGUAUUUCCAAAGGACGAAGAAGUCAGUAUAUAAAAUGAAUGUGGGCGCAGUGUAAACCUACGUGUAACAAGCGAAGACACAAAUACCAUCCGUUUUCUAAAAUUUGUGAAACCAAGCGUAUGUGUCACGUCAUCGUUAAAGGGACGGAAAAAAAAAACAAAAAAAACAAAAAAAAACAAAAAAAUGCAAGCGGGCCAUUCGUCGUUGAGGCGAGUCGAGUGAGAGAAACUAGUCAAUAUAUAGCUUUACAUUGACGUAUAAACUUUUCAUUAGAGUAAGAACGAGAGAGAAAGAGAGAGAGAGAGAGAGAAAGAGAGAAAGAGAGAGAGAGAGAGAGAGAGAGAGAGAGUUGUAGUGAAUAUGCAUGUGUGAGAGAGAAAGAGAGAGAAUGCGAUCCUUGCCGUAUAAUAUGAAAUUGUGUGUACCCACCUGCCCAUUCGUAUGCGAGCGAUACUUCGUCGUCGUCGUACUUAGAUAGAAAAAGAAGUUAAAGAAAAAAAUGAAAAAGAAGUUGAAAAGAAAAGUGAAUUACAUAAAACGAUAAAACGUGGAUUGCAAGUGGAUGCGAACCGAAUGUGCACACAUAUCUCAACAAUGAAUGGCCUCGGAAUUCGUAAGGAAGCUCGCGCGUUAUUGUUCUAAGAUGACUCCUAUUUUUUUUAUUUCUUAUUUUUUUUUCAUUCUUUCUUUUUUCGUUCAUUGUCAGUAUAAUAAAAAAGGGGACACAAAAGUCGUUUCGUUCGUUUGAUCGAUCGAUUUAAAAAAAAACAAAAAAAAAGGAGAAGAAGGGAUUGACGUGUACGAUUGAUCGACUAAGCUCGAGUUCUACUUUGAAGCCUUAGAAUGUAUCGGCAAGAAGAAAGAGACGAGCGAAUUUGUAUUAUAAAGUGGUGCUUUCUCCGGCGAUGCAAAAAAAACAAUAGAAAGAGAGCGAAAAUCUUGUGCAGUGUUGAACGAUGAGAAAGAGAGAGAGAGAGAGAGAGAGAGAGAGAGAGAGAGAGAGAGAGAAAGCGUAUGAUUGAGAGAGCAUGAGAGUGAAUGGAAUAUUGUAUUAUUAUUAGGCUUAAACAUAUUUUUAAACAUGGAUGUGUCGUAUCCUAGCACUUUAGCGUCCAACCUCCGUAAAAACGAACCUAGAAAAAAAGAAAAACAAAAAAAAGAAAGAAAACGAGAAAUGAUCUUCUUAUAUUACUGCCAUCAGGAGGCUUAACGAACUAUAACGACGAUCGAACAUAUAAAACGUGUCUCGGGAUAAUCUACAGUACACUCUCUGUUUGUUAAUCCCGUUUGCACGAUAUACACAUUAUAAAUAUAUAUAUUUUAGGCGGGGUAAAGAAGGAAGCGUCGGGCGAUCGAGCAAGCCGAUGUCUCUCUCUCUGUUUAAGUCAAAUAUUGAAAUUAAAAGAAAAAAAGUAAAGAAAGAGAGAACACAGAAAGAAAGAAAGAAAGAAAGAAGCAGACGAAGAAGACAAAGAAGAUAAAGAAGAAAAAAAGAAGAAAUGACUCAUUAUCGGUAAAUAAAAAAUAAAAAAAUAAAAAAAAAAAAUAAAAAAAUAUACAUAUACAAUAUUGCAUAUUUGUGCUUGCUGGAUAUGAAUAACACGAACGUCAAACUAUGUUUCUCUUCAUUGAUAAGUGUGUAUCUAAAUUAACGCGACCAUCAACUCUCCCUCCUACUCCCUUUCUAAUCCCGUCAGUACCGAUCGUUUUCCUUGUAUCGAACGUGUGUAAAUUAUUAAUACGUUCUAAGAGCCAUGCAUAAUUACUAAGGUAAUUAGUUAGCAUCACCGAAUUUGCCCUCGCUAUCCCCUUACCCCACCCAUCCAAAAUCCCCUUCACUCUCUGUUUCUUUCUCUCUCUCUCUCUCUCUCUCUCUCUCUCUCUCUCUCUCUUUCUCUCUCUUUCUCUCUCUUUCUUUCUUUCUCUCAUACUAGCUCUAUUUCCCUCUCAUCGUUCUCUCAGUAUCCUCCCAGAAACAACAUCGUGAGAAUCAGAGCGGAUUUGUCCAAUUCACGGCGUUACUUCAUCAUCCGCGUUUCUUCAAACACUUUUGAGAGCUAACCUGGUCGACGCAGCCAAUGGAUAAAGAUAGUGGCACAACGACAUUAAUUAUCUGGAUAGAUGAAGAAGAAUUUACCUAUGAUACACUAAAUGUAUAAAUAAAAUGAAGAAAAAAAAACAAUAUGCAUACAUAUACAUACCUAUAUAUAGAGGGAGGCUUUGUAAUGUAUUUUUGAGCCGAACGAACGUUUAAAUGUACACGAACGAGAGAAAACUAAAAAGCUGCGGUUCAGUUCGCGAAGAACGAUCGAUCCUUUUUUUUUUUAUAUGUUUUCUUUGUAAUAAUAAGUAAUAGAAAAUGAAACAGAGUGUGAGAAAGAGGAAGAGAGAGAAAAAAUUAAGAGAUAUUCAUUCGAAGAAAAAAUGAUCCAUCUUCUUAUCUUAGAUCGCCAAACUAUAAAUACUCAUUAGAAAUUCGUGAACAUCUAAACGCUCGUUAUUGUCAUAAUUCCCGUUCUCAUCUCGAGCCGAACGCGUACCGCCAUUCGGACCGCCAAUGGCAUUCGAAAGAAUUGAAUAUUCUUUAAAAUAUCAAGCAUUAUAUUAUGUACAUGGGCGUGAAGUUACAUGAGGUCCUCUCGCUUAUUUGAGAAAGACAGAGAGAGAGAGAGAGAGAGAGAGAGAGAGAGAGAGAGAGAGAGAGAGAGAGGGGAAAGAAAGAGAGAGAAAAAGAGAUAGAGAGAGAGAGACGUAAGAAAGAAAAGAGAGAAAAAAAGAAGAUGAAGAGAACAUGACUCGCGUUACUUUGACGUAGUCUCUUAAUAAAUCAAGAAGAAGGAAGAAGAAGAAAGAAAAAAAUAAAAAAAAACAAAAUUCAAGAAAAUUCAAUCUCUAACUUCCGUAAAGUUUUAUCUCAUUUUGCAAAUUUAGUUCGUCCCCCUCGUCGAUCGUUCGGGGCACGCGAUUAUCCCACGUAAUUCUUUAAAUAAAUAUCAGAUAGAUUACGGAAAAAUUACAAUUAAUAUAUAUAUAUAUAUAUAUAUAUAUAUAUAUAUAUAUAUACACACACACGCGCGUGCGUGUAUACAUGUGUGUGUGUGUAUACAUAUAUAUACAUAUACAUAUAUAUGUGUGUAUAUACAUAUAUAUAUAUAUGUAUAUAUAUGUAUAUGUAGAAAUAUAAAUAUGUGAGAGAGGGAGAGAAAGAGAAAGGAAGAGAAUGAAAUGGUUAGAUUAUAAGUUGGUCCAUGCGGUAUAAAAUAUAUAAUAUACUCGAUUGACACGAAAUGGCAUCUCGGUGGAUCGUGUGGUCAAGAAAAUAAAAAUUAGAAUUAACAAAUUGAAACAAGAGCGAAAAUAGUAAGAUGGAAAUUGAACGAAACUAAAAACGAGAGAGAGAGAGAGAGAGAGAGAGAGAGAGAGAGAGAGAGAGAGCGAACGAGAUAGAAAGAAAGAGAGAGAGCAAAUGAAUGAGAGUGAGAAGAGAGAGAAAAAUAUAUAUAUAUAUUUAUUAUAUGUAUAAUAUAUAUGUAUAUAUAUAUAUAUAUAUAUAUAUAUAUAUAUAUAUAUAUAUAUAAAUAUAUUAAGAAGCGAACGAAAGCACAAGUCAGCCACGCUGCAGCUACUACGACCACUACCCUAGGUAGAUUAAACGCUACUUUGCCGCUGAUCUAAUUGUUUACUGUCACGUGUUGCUGUAAACCUAAACUAACGAUACGAUAUAUUUUAUUUAUAUAAUCUAAUCGACUGUAUUUAUUGUAAAUAGUCACGAUGUUUGCUAUGAUAUAAUAUAUCUGUAAUUGGAUGGAAUCUGCCUGAAACUGCGCCCAAGUCCUCUGUCCUUCACUAUAAAUUGAAAAAAUAAGAGUAAAAAAGAAAAAAAGAAAAAAAGAAAAUAAAAGAGAAAAGAAGAGAGGAAUCUAAGGAAAAAGAAUAAAAAAAAUAAAAAAAAUAAAAAUAAAAGAUUACGCCGUACCUCGUGCAUGGAACACCGGCGAUAAAAUAAAUAAAUAAUUAUUAAAUUAAUUAAUUAAUUAAUAUAAUCGGAAAGCCCCUGUUGUGCGUUUCGCGAUGAUUUAAAUUCGCCGUUGUUGUAUAACGCGUUUAUAAUUCCGAGCGAAAAGUUAAAAGUGAGAAGUGUAAAAGCGAGAAAGAUGUCAAUAUUUCGUAUCGUUAUUACUCUAUUGAGUGGACGAUGUCGCGGAACGAUCGAUCGUGUACGAUAACCGCCGUGUGCUCCAUUUUUAUCAAACUGCCUACCUUUUCUCCCUAACACUUACCCUAAACGUAAAAAGAAAAGAAAAGAAAAGAGAAAAAAAUAAAUAAAAAAGAGAUAUAACUAUGCUAACAAAUUCUCGUCCCUUUAUCAUAGGAGGGCAAAAACGAAUGAUAAAUAUACAUACACAUAUAUAUACAUAUGUAUAUAUGUGUAUAUAUAUAUAUAUAAAUAAUUUUUAUAAAUGUAUUUUUUCUUCUCCAGUCCCGAUCCAGAAUCACCCAGAUUUUCCCCUUCGAUAUAAAUAACAGAUUAUCGCGGUAGAAAAACGAAAAAAGAAAAGAAAAAAAAAGAAAGAGAAACACAAAAAAUUCGUAACUCGAAAUAUAUACUGCUCCGAGGCAGGAAGGAAUGUCAUGACCCUACCAGCAUGUCCAAUAACUUACACACACAAUAUUACUAUCUUAAGUACAAUAUAUUAAGUGUUUUCAGAAAAUAUAUGAUCUAUAUAUGAUAAUAAAAAGGGAAAAAAACGUUUCA